CAAAUUGCACUUUGUGUUUCCUUGCCUGAGUCAGUGUAUCCAUGUGAAUUGACUGUUGCCAAAUAUUAGGUGAUAUUCUGUGCUGGAAGAAAGGAAUGCAUUGUUGAAGUUACAGUUGUUUAUUGUUGCGAUGGGCAACGCGCAUAAUUAUGCCCUCUGCUGUUGCUGUGCAGUACGCCAGUUGGCGUGGAUUACAUUUCGAGAGUGGCCAACGCAAACUCAGUGAUACUAUCACAACAUGAGCACCACUCCCUCGGAAGACACAUCACGCCAUGGAAAGAAGAAACGGAAGAAGAAGAGGGGAUCCAGCAUGAAUCGGGUUCAUCCCGAGGGAUCCAGCGGAGAUUUAAGCCCUAGGCAGAAUGGCUACAUUGACAGACAAGAGAUGGCUGGAAGGAAUGACAUGGGAAAUAACAAUAAUAACAGUGCAGAAAUAUCAACGGCAGCUGAUGCUUUCAACAUCUUAAACAAUGUCCAGAAAGGUGCUGAACGCUUCAAAGGGCUGAGCUGUCGUAGGAGGAUGAUUAGAGGAGAGCAGAAGCUUAAGGAAUUGGGCUUUUGCAACAAAGGUAAGGGGAUUGAUGACAGCAUUGUAGCAGAGCCCCUGAAACGUAACCGCUUCAACGAAGCCCUCAUCUCCUACUUUGCCCAACUGGCACGGUCAGAAAUUGAAGAUGAGGUCGUUGACCUUGAACAUGUGGAAUAUCUGCUAGAGAAUGGAGCUGAUAUCCGCUGUACGGACAAGCAUGGACAGACGGUGUUACAUGAGGCUGUUCGUGCUUGGGAGACGGAUGUAGCAUCAUUCUUACUGGAGAAGGGGGCAGAUCCAAAUCAGAAGGACCGUUAUGGAAGAGCUCCCCUCCACAUUGCUGCCGCUGUCAACUACCCAGAGAUGAUCAUGCUCCUUUUGGACAAUGAUGCCGAUAUUGAAAUACUAACAGCUGACGAGAACCACACACCUCUUCAUUUUGCUGCUCGGAAUGACGCGUGCGCAGCACUAAAGGCACUCCGCCGAAUGGGGGCCAAUCUACAUCCACGAGACUACAAAGGGAGAACACCUCUGCAGGUUGCAGCUGAGCUUGAUCGUAGUGAAACGGCUAAACUUCUCCUUGAGAUGGGUGCGGAUGCCUCUGAUAUUGACAACGCUGGACAGACAGCCCUAGUGCAGCUUAUUUGCAAGAUGCCAGCAGUAGCUAAGGAGGCCCUUGAUCAGUUCCAUCGAUGUGAUCGUGCAAACCGCAAACAGUACUAUGAUAUUCACUUUGUUGAGCCCACCAAACCAGAUGAUAAAGCACCCAAGUCUCGAUCUGCACUGCAGGUCAUAGUUCAGUUUCACCAGCUGGAGCUGAUCCUCCAUCCGGUUGUACAGAGGCUGAUGGAGAUCAAAUGGAAGAAAUUUGGCUGGUGGGGAGCUAUCUUACAAGUCCUGGUCAACUUGGCUUUCAUCUUACUGUGGUCAGUCAUUGCUGUUACCUUGCGACCAAGUGAGAGGAUGACACUCCCUAAUGACAUUUGGAGAAUAGCGAUCUGGGCAUUGGCGCUUUUGAUUACCUGCUACAUGAUUGGCCAAGAACUUCAAGAAGUCUACGUAUCAAAGAAGAAAUUCAAAAGAUGGAAGAAAUGGCGUAUCGGUGAGAUUGAGAAGGAUCUCAGGUAUUGUCACCCACAGUGGCCUCAAGAACAGCAGUACCUUCGUCAGGAGAUUGAAGAGAUCAAUGAUCAAGGAGCUGCCUACUUCAGUGAAUUCUGGAACUACUUUGAUUGGAUCGUUUACUUCCUACUUCUUGUCAUUACUGGUUUAUACAUAGCCAGUCACAUCAUCACUAGUGAUGAACAUCACAUAAGUCUCAUUGCUUUCAUGCGUCGCUUCAUGGCUGUGUCCAUUAUUCCAAUCUGGUUACGCUUUAUGAAGUCAGCCAGGGCAUUCAAACAAAUUGGACCAUUUAUUGUAAUGUUGGGACACAUCAUCAGCGACAUCCUCAAGUUUGGCUUUCUGUAUUUAGAGUUUUUCAUACCAUACGCCUUUGCCUUCUGGAUGAUAUUUGGAGGCAGAUCAGAGUUGCCUUCCAUGCGGACAGUUGAUAGUUUACUCUUCACUCUCUUUAGACUGACCUUGGUAGAUGACUAUGAUUAUGAUAAAAUGCACGAGAUUGACGCCGUCAUGGCUUACAUUCUUGUGGCUACAUUCCUGUUUCUGUCUGCCUUGCUCUGCGUAAAUCUCUUCAUCGCUUUGCUGUCAGACACUUUCCAAAGAGUGUACGACAACGCCAAGUCCAACGCCAACAUGCAGCAAGCCUCCAUCAUCCUGGGCAUCGAGGAAAGUCUCUCUCAGAAGAAGCUACGAAAGUAUCGGCGUUUCAUCCACGAACAAGCAUGUCCAGAGAACUUGUAUUACGAUGAUGACCAGACAGUGAGUGGAGAUGCUGACCUCAAGAAAGUCACCUUCCAGAUCAAGGAUGAGCUGGAAGAGAUGAGAGAGAGCCUCUUUAGCCAUCUGAAUAUCAGAGGAUACCGGAGAAAGAAGAGGGAUUCUCUAGAGGAGCUCCGUGAGCAGCUUACUACUCAACCAAAGGAUGAUCAAAGCAGCCAGGCCAAGGCUCUUGUCACCAAGUCCAUUGAGGAUCAACUGACGCAGUUUCGGAUUAAGCAGGAACGAUCCAAUCGCCAUGUCCAGAAGCAGCUGAAGACCAUUAAUGAGGUGCUACAGGCACUGUUGGUAGCUCACACAGGUGGAGGUCCAGGAAGCACACCUGUCCAGCCUGGAGGGGGUGUCAGCAGUUUCCAUAACAUCAGCCGACCAGGUGUACUUGUGACCCUUCCUAGCAUACCUCACAACACGGGGGAGAUCAGAGGGGGCGGAGACUUUGAAGAAGAUGAUUAUGAGGCGGGGAGGAGGCCUCGAUUUGUUGGAAGACAUGUACCUCUACAGAGUACUCCUGCAUUGGGCUCUAGAGCCAGAGAUCAAAGGGAGGAUAAUCUUGCUACACAGCGGACAUUCCUAGAGUCAUUUAGACCCCAGGCUGUGACUCCAAGUAAUGCCACUGAGACAGAUGGAGUUUACAAGGAUAGGCUGAAGCUCUUCCGCGAAGAGCAGAAGAUUAAGUUGAAGAAGCGCAAGCAACAAGAGGACUACCUACAGCAACAACAGAGAGAGGCACAGGUCACUCUACCCGUGUCAGAGGUCAGCAGAGGUCAGGAAGGUCAUGAACUCUCAGAACUGAGUCGGCAGAUAACCAGGGAGAGUGAGGACUUAGACUUGGUCAAGUUUAGUCCUGCAGAUAAGGAUGUUGAGAAGCAAGAGGUUUCAGACAGAGGAAGCACUGAUGCGUGAAGAUGUCAUCCUGUAAGCUACAGUCCUUGCCAAAUUUGAUGUUGUUGAGCUGAAUUAUGUCCAUGGCUUGACCAUUGCAGUAUAUGGGGACCAUUUGGCAUGGACGUUCACCUGCUUACAGUCAUUCCAUCAACAUCUUGGUGAUUCCUACGGCACAGAUCUUUAAACAUGACACAUCAGGCAUAGUGAAGCAUGAUGUUUUCAGUAUUUUACAGAUAAAAAGUUGUUUUAUUUUCUGAGAAUAUCAUUUACAUUUGUAAAAAUUGUCCAAUUUUGAAAUAGUUGUGUCGUGCAUUCUGCAAUAGAUGGAAGUAGAACAUUUAAUAAACUGUUCGUAGAAAUUGCAGCUUGCUAUAGUGGUCCAGAAAUUGUGUGUCUGUAUUGAAGAGUUGUGUUUUAAUUUAUGCAGGCUAGGACCAAAUGCUGAUAAAUUUUCUAAGUAUAAAUCUUAGCUUUAUAUAUAAGAAACGAACACCGGUAGUUGGGGGACCCAAGUGGCUCAACAGGUUAGCUUGCUGCCUGGUAGAACCACCCUGGUGGGACGAGAACCCUCCUGAAGCAGGUUCAAUCCCCAGCAGGCUAACAAGCUAGCUAAACAAGCUAGCGUGAAAAAGAGUUUUGCUUUUUAUUU